AUGCCCACCCCCGAAUCUGCCGCUUUCCUGGCCAAGAAGCCGACAGUCCCCCCGACAUUCGACGGUGUCGACUACGACGACAACAAGGCCCUCAAGGCCGCCCAGGACUCCAUCGUCCGCGAACAAUGGGUGCAGGUCAUGAUGGGACGACUGGUCAGAGAGGAGCUCAGCAAGUGCUACUACCGGGAAGGAGUCAAUCACUUGGAGAAGUGCGGCAAAUUAAGAGAGAGAUACCUGUCGAUGCUGGAGAAGCACCGCGUGCGCGGAUACCUCUUCGAGCAACAGAACUACACGGAUCCCUCGCAACUGGCUGGUGCGGCUGCGAAAGGACUCAAGGGCGUCAACCAGUAG